AAACUGUUGAAAAAGCUAAGAAGCAGAAGGUUAAUAUUUUUUUUCGCCUAUUGACCAUUAAACACAGAAAAUACACACAUUCUGAACCUAAAAAAAGGAGCUCGUUACUCUGAAAAUGGAUAACAGAAGAACCACAAUUCUGAAAACACCAUUCGGCUCUCAGCAGCCAAAACUAACAGGAUCAGAUUCGAAAUUCGUCAAACCAAGGAGCGUUCGGAAAAAAGAUGCUGCAAACACUACUUUAUCAUCUAAUUUCAAAUGCCUGCCAGUCUCCCGUUCUACUCCUUCAUUAAAUCAAUCGGUAAGACCAAACUUGGAUACUACAGUCUGUGGAUUCCCAGGUAUCAAACCCUCUAUGACUGCAGGGCCUCCACUUGUUGAUAAAGAAUUUGAACAUGAUUUAGCUUAUAACGAUUAUAUGGUAGCUUUAAUGAAGCAACAAUUAACUAAAAAGGUUAUUGAAAAUCAUAAAACAAACCUAAAUAGUCAGUUAAUUAUUCAAUGUGAGCAAUUGCUUAAGUUAGAAAACAUUUUUAAGGAUAUUGCUUAUGAAACGGAAGCUUUAAUUGAACAAAGAAAAAGUCUUGAAAUGCUUGAUACUUUCAAAUUCUGUAUGGAUGAAAAAGAUGCAGUAUGUUCAAAAUAUAACACUUAUGAACGUUUGAAUAAACUUAUCGUAAUCUUAAAUCAAGAAUCGAAUCUUGUUAGGACUGCAAAAAUCAAACCAAUAAAUUCACAAGAAGAAUAUGAAAAGUUCAUAGAAACAUUGAAGAGUUUAAAAAGUGUAACAGAAAAAAUUCUAAGUGGGGACAGGAAAUUUCAAGAAGUUAAUGAGUUAACUAUGUAUGUCAAGAAAUUCAAUGAAAUAAAUUCUACAGCUUCUUCAAUGGUAGAUGAAUUAUAUGAUUCCAAUAAAAAAGCUAUAUGUUUAUUUUUGAAACAAUUUUCAGAUAAUUUUGCUAAACAAGGAGGGUAUUUUUAACCUGUAUUGUAAAAACCUGUUUGUCUACAUUUAGCUUAGGUUCUUAUCAGACAGUAUGCAUUGGUCAGAUCAAAUAUGUAUGUACUUCGUUCC